ACAGAGAGGAGGCGGCUUCCGAGCGAUCAGCUGACACACAAUGAUCACCGGCCGGCCGGCCUGCCGUCGAGUGAGGGCGGCACCAGCUCCAGCUCCACUCCACCUCCAGCACUAGCUCCCCGGCAUCCUAGCUGAGCAUCGUACAGGCAAGGAAGGAUGUCUCAGGGAGGAGACGUAGAAAUGAGCAGCAAAAGGCUUAGUGGUUUGGUGGCAGCAACCUUCACACCCCUGACAAAUGAUGAUGAAAUUAAUCUCCCUGUCAUUGGUCGAUAUAUUGAUUAUCUGGUAAAGGUCCAAGGGAUUAGAAAUAUUUUUGUCAAUGGAACUACUGGGGAGGGCAUGUCACUUAGUGUUGAAGAAAGAAAAUUGGUUGCUGAAGAAUGGAUUAACAAGGGAAAGGGCAAGUUAGAUCAGGUGAUCAUUCAUGUUGGUUCGUUGAGUAUAAAAGAAUCUCGACAAAUGGCAGAGCAUGCUGCUAAGUGUAAUGCUUCUGGGAUUGCAGUUAUUUCACCAUUUUUUUUCAAACCUCAAAGUAUAGAUGCUUUGGUGGAGUAUCUUAAGGAAGUUGCAUCAGCUGCCCCUGGUAUCCCUUUCUAUUAUUACCACCUUCCUGAGCUAACUGGAGUAUCUUUUAAAGUUGUGGAACUGCUAGAUGGAAUUGAAAAAAAGAUUCCAACAUUCCGGGGGUUGAAGUUCACCAGCAGUGACUUGUUGGAUUUGGGUCAAUGUGUUAAUAAUUACAAGGAUAAAUUUGACUUGCUCUAUGGAAAAGAUGAGCUACUCUUGGCUGCAAUGGUGUUAGGAGCAACUGGAGCUGUUGGCAGCACAUACAAUUAUUUUGGGAAUUUGAAUAAAAAGAUGCUGAGUUAUUUUGAGAAACAAGACUACAACUUGGCUCGGGAGCAGCAGGCUAUAGUUCAGGAAUUCAUUGGCUAUGUGAGCAGCCUUGGUUUUGGUGUGGCAGAAAACAAGGCUACAAUGAUGCUGGUUUCAGGCAUUCCAUUAGGACCACCUAGGCUACCAUUGCUGAAAUGCAGUGAGGAGAAGAAAGCACAAAUAUUGGCAAAACUGAAAAUCCUGGGAUUGUUGAACUAAAUAUCCCCAAUAAUAAUAAGUGAUUAAUACACUUAAAUUAUCAUGCAUGGCAAUUAGAAUGCAUAUUUCAUCUUGCUCUCAUGGCUGCAUAUCUCGGGGACUAAGGAAAAAAGUAAAUCAAUACAGGUUGAACGACGAUUUUCCGGCAACUGAUGGUCCCCCCCGCCUUAUAACCUGGACAAAAUUAAGAGAUCUCAGUUAAAAUUCCCUGAAUGGCUACAGAUGUCAUUGUAAAUUGAGUGCGAAUGGAAUAACCUUCCGACCCAUCGUCUUCCCUGCCAUUUAAAGCCCCCAGCUUCCGACCCCAUUCCCGACUCUCAAGGUGCACCUGCGAGCCCUCUCACCUACUGCAGUUCCAUGCUGUUGGCGGUGGCUUUAUCCGCUCCCCGCUCGAGCACCGCGCCUGCUUCUCCGUUGCUCUGUUUUGUCGGCCUCGUCUCCUCCCCCCCCUCCCCCUUCGAGAUGAGAGAAGCAGGUGGUGAUGGUCAAGCGAGGAGUGGAUAAACAGCAGCAGGUGAGAGGGGCUCGCUGGUGCACUUUGCGAGUCGGGAGUGGGGUCAAAAUGCAGGGCUCUAAAUGCCCGGGGAGAUGGUGGGAGUGGUGCAUGGGUCGGCAGGCUAUUCAUUCCAUUCACAAUCAAUUUACAUUCUACAUUUGUUUUAUUUAAGUUUCUGGCACUCCAUGGUGCUUCAGAGAAACGGAAGGGGUGUCAUUAGCAGUCCAAGGAUGUAUUGUCAUUUAAUUAUCACGUGAUCCUGUUUAUACGGAAAAACAGGUCAUCUAGAAAGGCUCAGGAACCAAUGGUGCUGGAAAACUGGUGUUCAACCUGUAAUUUAAUUGAAUAAUUGUAUUAGCAUUACUGAAUUUUAGGAAUAAUGUUCAUCAUGUUUCAGGUGAAGUAUGUAAUUUUGUCUUGAACUGGAAGUUCACAGAAUGAGAAGGCAUGUGAACUGAAGAAUCAAUGCUCCUUUAUAAUCUUGUAACAGUGCUUCCCAAAGUUUACACACUCUGCCUUAAAUGUAACAUUAUGAGAGAUGCAUAAGAUGUAUAUUUGGACAAAGCAUCAAUUUAAAUCAGUUCUGCUGCACACUAUACAUUGCGGAAGUGGCGGCACUGGUGAACGGCAUCAGCUCGCCUGCAGUCCGUUUGUCUUUACUUUUUUGUGUUGUUUUUUUUCGUUUUGUCUAGUUACGUUUUUGGUUUUUAGGUUGUGUUUAUGUGGGGGGGGGGGGGUUGAAACGGGGAUUGCUGUCUCUCCCUUCGGGGGAAUACGACUUUUUUGUCGUAUCCCCCUUCUCUGCCUCCGUCUGCGCUGAGGCCUAAUGGCGGAGCUGGCGACCUCGAGGCUCCGGAGGCAGCCAGUCAGGACUCAUCCUGGGCUCGCUCCCGUGAAGGCGGCCCAGCUCGGGGCUGGAACUGCGCUCCCGUGAGGGGCUGUGAUGCUCCCGUGAGGGCGGCCUGGCGAGGGGCUGAGACCCUCCCGUGAGGGGCUGUGGCACUCCCGUCGGAGUGG